AUGAGUUGGCCAAACUACGGAGCAACAACAACAGCAACAGCCAAACAAGAGUACGAUGAUGUUUUCUCCUUCCCCUCACCCAUUGAUCAUCCUUUCAGCAGUUAUACUGACUGGGGUUUCCAAGAUGAAUUUGGGUUCUUCCAAGAAUCUGUCGUUCUCGAUCCUUCGCUUUCCUUCGUCGAUUAUGUACCAAACCCCACUUUCUUUCCAGAGGGUUUUGUCUGCAAUUCCGACAGCAUCAACGUCGGCGAAACGAUGUUUGCUGUCGGACGAAACGAAAUGCCGUUACCACCAAUGGUGGAAGCUGAUAAUAAGAAAGCAGACAAAAGAUCAGUUGAAAAGAAGGAUGUAAUAAGCAGCAAUUCGAAAAGUAAUUUGACGAGGGAGGAAGUAUGUCGGUAUUUUUACAUGCCAAUAGCACAAGCAGCAAAAGAACUGAAUGUAGGAGUAACCCUAUUGAAGAAAAGGUGCAGAGAAUUAGGUAUUCGACGGUGGCCCCACCGUAAGCUGAUGAGCCUCCAAACCCUAAUCAAGAAUGUCCAGAUGUUUAACUGA